AUGAGGGCGCUGGUGCUUGUAUUGUCGGUGUUGCUGGCGCCGAGUUGGGGAGAGCGAUGUCCGGCGCGCUGCGACGUAUCACGUUGCCCGAGCCCCAGCUGUCUGAGCGGCUACGUACCCGACGGCUGCAACUGCUGUUUGGUGUGCGCGGCGGGAGAGGGGGAGGCGUGCGGUCGCCCGGAGGACCCGCCGUGCGGCGAUAGCCUCCAGUGCCGUUUCCUCGACGCGGGCCAGGCUCCCAACCAGGGUGUUUGCCUGUGCAAGCUCAGGGCGCCCGUCUGCGGCAGCGACGGCAGGACCUAUGCCAAUGUGUGCCGCCUGAAAACAGCCGAGCGCCAGGCCUUGCAGCAGGGGCUCCCGCCUGUUCGCCACGUCCAGAAGGGCGCCUGCCGAGCCGGUCAUCCAAAGCCAAACAGCCCAAGAUUUAAGUUUAACUUCAUUGCAGAUGUGGUGGAGAAGAUUGCACCAGCAGUAGUACAUAUUGAACUUUUCCUAAGGCAUCCUUUGUUUGGCCGUAAUGUUCCUCUUUCCAGUGGAUCUGGGUUUAUUAUGUCAGACACAGGUUUAAUUGUAACCAAUGCCCAUGUAGUCUCCAGCAGCAGUACAGUGACUGGACGGCAACAGUUAAAAGUGCAACUACAGAAUGGGGAUACGUAUGAAGCAACAAUCAAAGACAUUGAUAAAAAAUCUGACAUUGCAACAAUAAAAAUCAAUCCACUGAAAAAAUUGCCGGCCUUGUCAAUGGGCCAGUCUGGUGAUCUGAGGCCUGGGGAAUUUGUUGUGGCUAUUGGGAGCCCUUUCGCAUUACAGAACACUGUAACAACAGGCAUUGUCAGCACAGCACAACGUGAUGGCAAGGAGCUGGGCUUGAAGGAUUCUGAUAUGGACUACAUUCAGACUGAUGCCAUUAUCAAUUACGGAAACUCAGGAGGACCACUGGUAAACUUGGAUGGAGAAGUGAUUGGCAUCAAUACUUUAAAGGUGACUGCAGGAAUUUCCUUUGCUAUUCCUUCUGAUCGAAUUGCUCAGUUUCUCUCAGAGAAUUAUGACAAGCAAAGUAAAGAUGGAAAAAAACGGUUCAUUGGUCUAAGGAUGUUGACCAUAACACCGGUACUAGUGGAAGAACUUAAGCUUAAUGAUCCAGAUUUUCCAGAUGUCAGUAGUGGAAUUUAUGUAUAUGAAGUUGUUCCAAAUUCACCAUCACAGAGAGGUGGGAUUAAGGACGGAGAUAUCAUUGUGAAGGUGAAUGGACGUGUGCUGGCAGCUGCUGCUGACCUGCAGGAGGCAGUGAUGAAUGAAUCCCCUCUGCUACUUGAAGUCAGAAGAGGAAAUGACGACUUGUUGUUUAACAUAGAACCUGAAGUACUUAUGUAAAUCAAACUGAGGAAGAUCUUUGUGACACAACUAAACGCCUUUAUUUUGGAACUUCAGAUACCUCCUUUACAUUGACAGCAAUUACACCUUGGUGUUGACUAAUGACAAGGUGAACUGCUAUUAUGGCCAGAUCUUGUGCUGUGCCUGGUAGUCGACUGUGAAUGAGGCUUCAGCAUGGCAGCAUAUUUCAAGUCAUUGCAUUGAGCGUAGAGCCAGAUUCCUUAUGUUAGUUCUGCAUAAAUAUUGGAUCUCAUGUAGUUUAAGAUGGUUGUAUAUGAAAGGAGCUCGCAGGGACCAUUCCUGUGGUUUAAGGAAGCUAUUUCUGAUUACUUAGGGUCAGACUUUAACCGACAGAAGACGACUUCUGCAAAACUCUGUGCUGGAUUUGUCCCCCGUCCCACAAGCAUCACUGCAGCUAGAGCUAGCCUGCUGCCCUUCUGUGCUUUGUGAUCAGUAGUAUAAGCCAGGAUGACUCAGGAGUGAUCUGCUUUGAUUGAAAAAUGGCCUGUUUGUUCUGCAUGGCAACAAAAUGUAGCAAUGAUAAAUACCAAAAGAAAGAAGAGUGAUUAAAUGCUAAAAAAGAUUCAAGGCAGUGACUGUCCGAGAGUACGUGGCAGGUAGAAAAGCAAUGACUUUCCACUUUGCAUCAUAUAUAUACAAAUGUCAAAUUUACAACAUCGCUGUAGCUGAGCACACAAGAUCCCUUUUUCAUGAAUAGAAAUAAACAGAAAUGGUAUUUGUGAAGUCACUUCUCUUCAUAGGAAAGCCCAGAUUAUGAUGUCGUAUUUGUCAUCCCAGAACUAGUGAGCAACUUCACCCAACAGAGGAUAGCACACACUGGAAGUGUUGUUCCAGAUAUCUCAAGCUCAGUGAAGACUGGGAAGCCAUUUCAGUUCAGCAGGUCUGCAAAUGAGGUUAAGAAAUUGUGACGUACAUAACUGGGCUGCCUGCCUAUGCACAUAUAUGUGCAUGUCCUCACACACACAGUGUGGAACAUGUGGAUUUCUUUGUAAAUGGUGUGAGUGUAGCAAGAGGAGUGUAACCAGAUGUGCAAACAUGAAGACGUGUUGUAAGCCAGGAAUGCACAACAGCUGUGACUUCCAGUGUGUUGCCACAACAGGCCUGAAGUGCUUUGGGAUGGAUGGCAGGGGCACAGCUGCCCCUCCACAAUGGAGAGGCCCCUUUUGAUAUGUAAAUCAGAAGCUGGACCCUGUCACAAAGCCCAGCUUAGGAAGGGGUCCUACCUUCAUGAACACCAUUUCCCAUGAUGCUCAGGAUGAACUGAACAGGAAAGCUGGAUAUAUGGGUGUGUGUGUGCGCGCGCGCUGGGGUGGAGGGGUUACCAGGAACAGAUGGGCAGUUGUGCCACAUGCAAUUGCUAGGGAGAGGGCUACCACUCCCUUGCCCUCAUGCUUCAACAGCAGGAGUCCUUUUACUGCGAUUUCAAUUGAUGAAGCCCACGCAUUUCCAAGCUGUUUUCUCCAGCCACAAGUGCAAGAGAAGUUUUAGGAAAAAAAUAUUUUAAUACAGGCUUAGCUAUUGCUCCACUAGGCUAUAUGGUUAAUUUGGUCUCAGUCACAGGCUAGUGUUAAACUGAGGUCAUGCGGAAGUGGAAUGUAGUAAAUGAUUCUUAUAGAAUUACUGCCUAAUAUAAACUCAAAAGAAUGUGCCAAACAAAGCUAAAACUUUGAGGAAGUGCACAGUUUUUCAGGGGUUUAAAAUUAUUUUUUCUCUGUAUUGGAAAGCAUUAUUGUAUAGAUUGUAUACUUAGGACAAGUACUGUAUGUUCUUACUGUACGAAGAUUAAAGUUUACAUCAGUGAAAA